GCUCUGCGGGCCGGGGCAGAGCCCCCUGGGUGCCCGCGGCGGAGGGGCGGCGGGAGCCCCCCGGGCCGGGGCCUGCAGGCGCUCCGCGUCACGGAGGGGCCGCGCUGCCCGCCCGGCGAGCGGGUGUCCGGGCCGGGGUCUGGUCCGGAGCUGCCGGUGCCCCCAGGGAAGGUGGAAGGGCUCUGCUGGGGCUGGCGUCGGUAGCAGGGUCGGCGUCGGUGACCAGCGCUGGGGCAAAGCCCUGGUGACCUUGACGUGCUCAGGAGUCUACUGCAAGAUAUUAGUGACUGCUCAGAGAAAAUAACAAAAACCCUGUGUUUUGCAUGGUCUUUUGCUGCAAGUGCUUAGAGCGUGGGCUUAGUUGACUGCCCGCUUUUCUCACCAGUUCUCGGGUUUCUGCAUAUCUGGAGGUGAUAAUGUGGACACUCUCCUUGCAGUGCUGGCCGGAGCAGUGAUACUGAGCUGCCUGUGUUUUAUGUACUCGCCUCUUGUGUUAUUGAGGCUUGUGAGCUUUCACUGUGGUUUCUGCAGAGGUUCUCAAAGAUCCACCAAGCUUCAGUGUUUUCUCUGCUUUCUCUGAGCUAGGACAUUGACAGUUUGGUCAUGGCAACGCAAGCAGAGUCCUUUGCUGACACAAGACGGGCUGGGCUUCAGCAGGUGUGCAGCUGGUCAGGCUAAAAUGCAGGUUUCUCCAUCUUGUGUUUUAUUUUAACUGAGUGAGAACGUGCUCACGUAUAUCUUAGUGGAGUCUGCGCAUCAUGUGGCAGGCUGGCAGUGUUGUCUCUGUAAUUUUUAGCUGAGAUAGCCUUACCCAGUAGAUUUCCUCACCAUAUUGGGACAAAGGCUUAGUUUGAGCUUCUGGAGGUGUGAAGUAAAACAUACAAUGUUUCGGUCUUGUAGGGCGUGCUGCUCUGACAAAGUGAAUCCCAGGCUCAAGGGUUCCUGUGGCCACCAGGGACUUAUUCACACAUGUGCCAAGAUAGAAAUAACUGAACUGAAUGUUAUUCAAAUUUUGCUGCCCUGGUGCAAGGUCAUCUGUCUACAGAAACCUAUUUUGGUUUGAAAUAGGACACUCUUCACAAAUGUGUGUCCAUAGUUAGAAGUACUGUGAAGCAAUACAAGUUCUCGAUUUUGCUCGUUCCAUGACUUAAGUUCCUGUUUCCAUGCAGUUUGGUCACAAAUUGUAGAGAUUCUGCAGCUGAUAUGGGACAGCUGUCUUGAAGAUGGGAACCUGGGUGCAGGGGUGAUUCCAGACAUACCUUCAUUUGGGGCGAAAUGUGAAAGUGAAAUCCUGCCUGCUUGUGAUGGAGGCCUCCAGGGCCCUGACCCUGCAUCCUGCCACGAUCUCCUGUUUUUCUGAUUGAAACUAUGUCCUAUUCCAUGAACAGAAAUAGAAAAUUGGCUGGGGUUGUGUCCUGUUCCCGGACGCGGUGGGAGGACCGGGCAUGCGGAGGAGUACGUCAGUGUAACUUCUAAGCAACCCGCGUUGUGCCAGCAGUACCUACCGCCUUUUCAAAAUGAUGGAGCGAUAACCCGAGCAUGUGAGCGAGGGUUUUAGAAGUGUGUCUGCUUUGGUUUGAUGGGAUUAUUUCCUGCAGGGUGCAGGAACUCAGUGAGGUAGUUGAUAAUUUUUUUCCAGUUUUGCCUUAGCUCAUACUUUUCUGCCUGUGGGAAGAGCAAGUCUGUGUCAAAGUGCAGGGCUUCUAGUUGAAGGAAGAAACAAUAAGACCAUUCUCUCUCCAAGUCACUUGCUAUUUAACUUCAGAACUUGACCCGCUUUGCUGGCAGCGUGAAGCUUCUGUGGCAAAUACAUCAUCAGGCCUGAUCUGAUCAUGUACCCACCAGCUCUUGAACUUGCCUAACUUGUUGAAAAGGACCACCGAAAGGGAAAAAUACUGUCCAAACUGUCAGUAAUACAUUUAUUUCUGAAAACAUGUUCCUUUGCUAUAUAUGUGUCCCAGCCAAAGCCCAGCAGUGUGUGUGGUCAGUCACCUCAGUGGAAUACUUGAAACGGACAGUGAAGCCAGCAGAAAAGUAUGCCUAGGAUAAACUAAUAAAAGCGGAGAUGAGCUAGCGAGAGAAUGGGUGAGAGUGAGUGAAAGGGACGUGAACAGUCAGUUGUGGGGGUGCUGGGAGAAAGGGAGGCGUGUGGCUGCAGGACAGCCCCCUUGGGGGUGAUGAGCUCCCCUGGGCUUUGCCGUCUCGGCAGGGUGCGGGACUCGGGGUGCUGAGGCAGCUGCCUGGAGCUGCGUUGCCAGGGCAGCACGGGCCCGUGUUGCACAUCUAGGGAGCAGAUGCGCUGUGCGGGUUGAAGGAGGUGCUGGAGGACCCAGAGCGGAGCACCAAUGAGUGUUGUGUGGUGGGGGAUCAAACUGAGACCCUGGCUGGACUGUACGUGUGUGGCUUUGUGACUAAAUGUCACUGCCUGCUGCCUGUGCUCUUCUCCCCUGCCCGUACCUGGUGGCUUGCUGUGCAGGCUGGCAGCCUCUGGAGUCAGGGAUGGCAGGGCAGGACAGUGCCGCUUGGUCUGAUGUGUGUAAAAGGCCAUCAGCCCGCUGGCUUCAAACUCCCUGGUGCAAAGGCUUCUGGAAGCCUGGUCGGCAGCUCUGUCUGCUGCAGGGCACCCCAGCACUGGUCUCUGCUGCCGCUCCGUGUGCUGCGGCCCGUGGAGCCAUCGCUGCUGGGCUGGAGCAGGGGGCCUUGCUGCGCUGCUGAGAGAGCAGGAUGGGGGCUGUGCCAGGGGCCUUUUGGGGCCAGUCUGGGUCUGCCACAUGAAGCAAGUGGUUCCCCCAAACCCUGGGCGGGAGGAGGCAAAGAAGGUAAAGCAGGGCCUUGGCUGACGGCAGAGGGAAGAAGGCUGUGGGAGAGGCUGGCAGGGUCCCUGAAGGCCUCUGCUGCAGCCAGGCAUCAAGAUCCUUGAGACCCUUGUGCCUCCUGCCCCAUGGCACGGCUGGUUUGAGGGGGCGGGAAGCGGGGAAGCGUUUGUGAUAAAGCCAGCAGCGUGGCGGCUGCGUGCCAAGAGCCCGUUCUCUGCAUCUCAUCCUGCGGCCAUCCUGCCUUGCUCUGCCAUGUGCUGCUUGGGUCCGGUGCCAGCAGGAUGCAGGGUGACUUUCUCUGGUGGAGGCACAUCCUUUCCCUGCUGGCUUUGUCCAAGCAGUUCUGAAGCUUCUUCCUGCCCCAGGGCUCGCAUCCGGCUUCUCUUUGCUGCCUGGGCGUGCUGGGGGCUGGAUGUGGCCCUGCUUGAGAAUGACCUCCAGGGAGCAUGUUCCCUACUAAUGGGAAAAAUGUUCUUCUAAUUGUUUUGGGCUGUUCCCAGAAUAACCCCGCAGUGGGUGGAGUGGCUGAGGCCCUUCUGCAGAGCUCGGCAAAGGCCGCUUAGCACUGGAUGGUGAAAGGCCGUCUCCUGGUCAGCUGGUUUGAGUUCUUGGCCACCAUGAUGUUAGGCGGGUGUAUAGGUCAAAUGUGUGUUGUUUAAAGAGAACUUUAUUAAAAUAACAAGCUGCCUAAUAGGAGUAUUUAUAGAAUCCUGCUCCUUAAUUUAAUCAGUUCUUUCAGUGUUUGUUUUUUAUUUUUAAGUUCAAAGGCGGGAUAGAAAAGAAACCAAACUUUGCAGGCACCCUGGGGGAGAAGGGCAAUGUAACCGAUCGUCUGUAUGAUUGCCCGGCCUGAGACUCCCCUCUGACCUGUGCAGAGUUCACAAAAACAUUUAUCGGAGUGCACAAACUGAUUGCUGCUGCUCCGUAUCUGUUCCAGAUGCCUCCUUGGUGCCACCCUCCUGGGCGGAAGCUCCCCUGAGUGGGGCCCAGGCGCGGCAAAGCCGUGCAGUGCGGCAGUGGCCGGGGUAGGACGUGCCCACCAGCUCCUUUCCUGGGCGGAUGCUCUGCCGGCUGUGGGCAUGGUCUGAGCUCUGGGCAGAGGGUGCUGGCUGCGUGGAGCUCGCUGGGCCCUUGCUGUAGCGGGGUGGUGCUGCGGGCCCUGUGCCGGUGCUGCAUGGCGUCUCACCCCGUGGCUUCCGCCUCCCGCCCUCCCGAGGCGGAAAGCCCCGUUCUCUGUGCUCGGCUGCUGCCGCCGCCAUACAGGGUCUUUGUGUGAGCCGGCACAAAGUGGGGAUUGAUGCUGUGUCCCCUCCCCCUGCUGCGCUGAGUGGGACCGCAAAGGCCUCCGACAAAGGCACCCUUCUUCCUCCUGCCAGGCCGGGGGUCCCAGCCCAGCAGCACCAGGCCAUGGGUAGAGGCACACUCCCCCCCUCCCCUCCCGACCUUGCAGUGGGGCUGGGGACCCCCAGGGCCUUGUCCCAGCUUUCCCCAGGCCAACAUUGCUGCUCGGGGUCCUGCUGGGCUUCCCCGCAGCAGGCCCAGUGUGGCCAGCCGGACCAUGGGCAGCAUUUGGCAGCAGGUCCCCGGCCUGUGUUAAUCCCGUCCCUGCCAUCGCCACUGCGGAAGAGGAGGGAGUGUUGGGGCUGCCUGGCCACCAGGGCUUUGAGGGGGCUCAGCCCCUCUGCUUCCUCCCCUGAGGUGAGGUGUUGGUGCCAUCCCGGCCGUCCUUGCCUCUGCAGAGCAGCUGGCACUUAGGGCAGGUUUGGUGGAGGCCAGAGGUGCCGGGGAGGUGGAUCUGUUUCCCCUUGGUGCAGCUGUGCUGGAACCUGCUGUGCGGUGCUCUUAGUGUGCUGGGGAGUGUCCUCACUUACCUGGAUUUCAGUUCAAAAUGGCCUAAGAGAAGCUCCUAUCAGCAUUCAUUAUCUCCCAGCUCCUCCCGAUGUGUAAUAACAAGUCAUUGCAUUAUUGAGAGUGACUUGGAAAAGUUUCAGAAAACGUGCAUCUGUAUGAAGAACAGAUUGUGAGUUCUUCCUUAAAUUCACAUUAUGUUUGCUUGAUACUGCGCGUUUAAGGCAAUGGGUUCUGGAUUAUUUGCAAGGUAUCUGGCCGAGCCGGUGGAGCAGCGCAGGCAGCGGUGCGAGCUUUUUUGGGCUGUGCCGGUGCCGCUGGCGUUGCUGUGGCAGGGUCCUCUGCUCCUCGCCCGCCCUGAGGACAGGGAGCCCUCUGGGAGGGGAGGCUGAGCCCCUGUGACUCGGUGUGCGCUUCUAGUCAUGCUUCGGAGGCUUCAACUGCGUAGGGAGCAAAGUGGGACUGCAUUGCUCUGUGCCUGCUGGGUGCUUGUCUAGGUGCCGAAGCAAAGCUCUCUCCUGGGUUUGGUUCACCGGCAAUAGUGUUUUCCCCAUUACUGGUCACUAGCUUCUGUUGCUUUGGACUCCUCAGGUAGUCUGGCUGUUGGUGUGACAUUGUUAUUAUUUACAUAGGGCCCAGACUUGCUCUUUUUUAUUGCCUGCAGCACGAUGUUUGUUCUGACUGGGCAUUGUGAAGUGUAAACCCAGGUCCCACUGGCACCAGCACUCACCUCUGCCUUUUCUAGAAGCAGAUCAGUCCAUAAUGCCUGAAGUGCGAGACCUCUCAGAUGCCUUGCCCGACUUGCCGAUGGAUCCCAUCACGGGUGUUGGUGUGGUCGCAUCCCGGAACCGAGCACCGACGGGUUAUGAUGUAGUUGCACAAACAGCAGAUGGCUUGGAUGCUGACCUCUGGAAAGAUGGCUUAUUUAAAUCCAAGGUCACACGAUACCUGUGCUUCACAAGAUCAUUUUCAAAAGAAAAUAGUCAUUUAGGCAACGUCUUGGUUGAUAUGAAGCUCAUCGAUAUCAAGGACACUUUACCUGUGGGCUUCAUCCCCAUCCAGGAGACCAUCGAUACUCAAGAAAUAGCUUUCAGAAAGAAGAGGCUGUGCAUUAAAUUCAUCCCUCGAGAUUCUACAGAGGCAGCGAUCUGCGAUAUCCGAAUCCUGGGUAGAUCUAAACAAGCCCCUCCUCAGUACACCUUCAUAGGGGAGUUGAACAACAUGGGCAUUUGGUACCGGAUGGGCAAAGUUCCACGCAACCAUGAAUCUUCACAGCCUGCAACUCCUCCUUCCCAAGUACCAUCUUCGACACCAGCUCCCAACCUGCCGAGACAUAUCUCACUGACGCUUCCCGCCAGCUUUCGAGGGAAAAGUCACAGCACUCGCCUGGACUUGGAGCACCAGCACUCAAAUUUGUAUGCCAUAUCAGCAAUGGACGGAGUGCCUUUUAUGAUUUCGGAGAAGUUUGCCUGUGCUCCUGAAGGGAUGCAGCCAGUUGAUCUCUUGGGCAUCACAAUCAAAACCCUUGCAGAAAUCGAAAAGGAGUACGACUACAGCUUCCGGACGGAGCAGAGCGCGGCCGCCCGCCUGCCGCCCAGCCCCACCAGGUGCCCACCGGUCCCGCAGUCCUGAGAGGGGCCGCCGGCGCUGGAGCAGGCGUGUGUGUGCAUACUACUGAGCGGGACGCGGCGCCGGGGCCGUCCCGGCAGACCUGCGCUUGUCCGGCCAUCGCCGCCCGCCCUGCGCUGCACCACCUCCUCCUGCACACGCCGCUCCACGCCCUG